UGGGGGGGUUUAUUUUAUUGUGUUUCAUUCUCAGUGCUUCCCUUUAUUCAUUCAGUCGGCUUUGAGAGGAGCAUCACGAUGAGCUCAUACUGAAGCACAGCGGAGACUGUAAAAAAGCACAAUGAGUUCAGAAUCGAAGCACAAGAAGAAAAAAAACAGAUUUGGUGCGACGUCCCCUCCAUUUAUUGAUUAUCUGAAAGAGAUUUUGAGAAGAUACCCAGAUGGGGGACAAAUACUAAAGGAGCUGAUUCAGAAUGCAGACGAUGCAGGAGCUUCAUCUGUGGUGUUUAUUCAUGAUGAGAGACAUUAUGGGACUCAGAGCCUCUGGAGUGAAGAGCUCAGAAAAUAUCAGGGCCCUGCUCUCUACGCUUUCAAUGACGCUGCGUUCACAGAUGAAGACUGGGAGGGGAUUCAGAAAGUCGGCCGAAGCAUUAAACACGACGAUCCAACAAAAGUUGGGAGAUUUGGGAUUGGCUUCAACUCUGUUUAUCAUAUUACAGAUUUGCCAUGUGUGCUCAGUUCCAAACACCUAGCUAUUUUUGACCCACAAAAGAUGAUGUUUGGAGAUGAUCAGGAAGGCUAUCGAUGGUCCAUACAUGAUGACGAAGACAAACAGAGCCUCCUGAGCCUUAGAGAUCAGUUUCAGCCCUUUCAGACCAUUGUCAGUCAAGUCAACAAUUGUUCCUGGGAGAAAGUCAUCAGCGAGGAGCAGUACUUCAAAGGAACACUGUUCCGAUUCCCACUGCGUAAUGAAGCUUCUGAAAUCUCAGAUAACUUGUAUGACUCCAAGAAAGUUACACAGCUUUUUGACAGUUUUAUUGCAGAUGCAGACAUCAGUCUUCUUUUUCUUAGAAGUGUGUCAUCCAUUGCUUUGCUGCAUAUUGACAUCAAUGGCGUUUGCAACAAUAAGCUCAAAGUUUCUGUGUCAAAGAACCCAGUUUCACCUCAGCUUUGGGAUAUCAAGCAGGAAUCCCUGGACAGAGAAACCUGUUUUAAAACCAUAUCAAGCAUGUCCCGACAAAAGGAGGACACAAAAUCUCAGUGGCUUGUGACACAUUGUCUUCUGAAAGAAGGGUACAGACCAGAGAUUGACUCUCUUGCAAAGAAGCUAAGCUUCUACCCACAAGUUGAUGUAGCGUUUCAGUUAGAUGAAGACAGAUCAUUUUGCAACGGACGACUAAGUUGCUUUCUUCCCCUACCGAGUAAUGAAUCGAACCGAACUGGGCUUCCUGUGCACAUAAAUGCUUGUUUCGGCCUGACAGACAAUCGGAGGUACAUCAAGUGGCAAGACGAGGAUCAGAAAAACGAUGAGGCUGCGGUAUGGAAUGAGCAACUCAUAAAAAAUGUUCUUCUUGUCUAUCUAAUGAUGAUACUGGAUGCUAUACAGUUAUCCAAAAACUCAGCACUGCCUGCCGCCUCUGUCUACAAUCUUUGGCCUGACCUGACCAAGACUGUGCAAUAUGAGAGAUGGCACAAGGUUGCAAUAGACUUUCUGAAACAACUGUGUGAAUAUGAGAUUUUUCAUCUUGCUGAUGACGAGACCAUCUGGGUGUCUGCCUCACGUGCGGUUUUUCCAGUCAACAAUAUAUGUAGUGACACAAUGUCUGCAGUGUCGAGAUUGUUGAUAGCACAGGGAGAAAAGCUUGUAUCUGCCUCGAAACAUGUUUUGGAAGAUGUUCAGGAAACAUUCCCCCAAAGUGAUACCUUGAGAAAAGUGACUCCAUCUUUGGUUAGAGAAGUCCUUCAAAGAAAUAAUGUUGAAAGUCUCAGUAAAGAUGACAAAUAUUGUCUUCUUGAGUUUAUUCUCAGCGAUGAGAAGUACACAGAGCUACAAGGUCUUAAACUUCUCCCUCUUAGUAAUGGAACCUUCACAUCAUUUAACAAUACAAAGCAGAACACUGUUCUGAUCGACAGUGAGAAGUUCCUGAGAACACUGCUGCCAUUUUGUAAAGAACGAUUUUUACCCAACGAUCUGAAUCAUUCAUCCACUAUGCAUCUUAGGAAACUUGCAGCAAGAAACACAUGUAACAUAAUCAAUUUGGAUGCAAAACACAUUGUUGCACUCACCAAGAACCACUUACUCAUGGACUGGCAGGAGACCCAGGGUCAUGUGACAUGGAAACCAACAACUGAUCAUCAUCUACCAAAAAGCUGGCUGGUUGAAUUCUGGAAAUUUCUUAGUACUGAAUGUGAUGAUUUAAGUGACUUCAUUGGUGUGCCUCUAAUACCAUUGGAGCCUCUUCAAAAUUCAGGCAAUUCUGUGAUGUUAGCAAGGCUACAGAGGAACACGACUUUGAUCUUCCAGAGUAGCAGGGGUUCCAGCUUGUCAGAUCAUGUUCAGAAUGUGAUCAAAAAGGUGGGGUGUACGGUCGUAAAACGAGACGAGUGUCUGAAACAUCAUGACAUCGAGAGUUAUGUUCUUCCAGCUUCACCAAAAAAUGUUCUGCAGAUAUUUUUGAAUUCAAACCGAGAUCAGCUCAUCAAAGACUUUGCCUCUGCUUCACUACAUGAGAAAGAAGAGGUUAAAGUCUAUCUUUCCUCUGUGGAUUCUCUCUCAAAUGCUGAACAGAACUUCUUGUCUGCCUUACCCAUCUUCAGGCUGAUGUCUGGGAAAUAUGUUGCAGUCAAAUCAAAGCAGGCAGUUGUUUUAAGCACCAAUCCAGCUAUUCCAAACAGUCUGCCCAUGCCAGAGACAAUUGUACAGUGUGCAAAUGAAGCUGACCGCAGACUUUUGACUCUUCUCAAAAUCGAUCUCUUGGAUGCAGCUAAGGUGGCUAUUCUUUUAGUUGAUGGCAUUAAGAUGGCUUCUUUCAACAAAGAUGAGGAACAAUCAAUUAUGAGCUGGAUACUGAAUCAUGGUAAUAUUCUUCUCUCACAAAGUGAGCUGCUGCUUGCAAAAACCAAGGAUCUCAAUUUUAUUGAGACCACUCCAGGAGAUCGCAAGCAAGCCUCGAACACAUUUGAUCCCAGAAACAAAACAUUCCAGGACCUUUUUGAGGCGGAUUUCUUUCCUCCACCGAUUUAUGCAAAGACCCAAGAAAUGCUACAGACCUUGCAACGGCUUGGCCUAAAAACAGAAGAAAAAGAUAUAUCCCCUGAAAACAUACUCCAGGUCGUGAAGCAAAUUGAAAAGCUUCGUAUUCACUCACCUAAUAAGGCUUUCAAAAAGGCAGAUACUCUUCUUAAGGUAUUAAAUAGAAAUACGUUACUCUCAAAACUAACACAGACACAGAAAUCAGAGUUGAGGCAAAUUCAAUGGGUGCCCUGUGAAAAUCCAAAGUGCCUGAAUGGAAGCAUUUGUAAAAAUCAAAAGAGAGGUCUAUAUAAGCCGGUUGAAGUAAGAGAUUCAAAGUAUUUUUCACUUGUUGGAUAUGUAAUGCCACUUACUUCUGAGCUAACAGUGGAUGUUUGCAAAGAUCUCUGUCUUUAUGAUCCACCUCCAGCUGAAAAAGUCUUGGAGAACCUCUCAGUACUGGGAUCGAUAGCAGCUGACAUGGACAAGCCAGAUUCAGACAUUCAGUUUAAAACAAAGCUACACAAUAUUUACAAAUUCAUGCAGGACAACAUAGGCAAUUUUAAAGAGGCAAUAAACACGAAAUGCCUCCCUUGGCUUUGGAAUCAGACUGAGUUUGUCUCUCCCAGAGACACGGUUUUAGCCUAUCCACCUGAACUGGAUCUUAGCCCCUACAUCAAGAACGUGCCUGAAGAGUUUUUGCAAUAUGAAAACCUUCUGAAAGAAUUUGAUGUAAAGGAGACAUUGUCUGAUGAGGAGAUUGAAGAAGUUCUCCAUGACAUAAAACAAAGAAUUGAUGAUAGAGAUCCACCUUACGGAGAUUCAGCAGAACUCAAAGUGUCAGUUGGCAUUCUUGACUGGAUGCGAAAAAAUGAGAAGUUUUUAAAGGACAGCACACCUGUGCCUGUCACGACACCAAACCAAAAUUUUACUCUUCAGCCUUUGUCCAAAACCGUCUUCUGUGACAUCAGUGCUGAAGGAUUAGAUGACCUGAAACAAGAUAAUGAGGAAUUCUAUGUCAUUCAUGAAGAAGUACUGACACGCACUGCAAGGUGGUUGAAAGUUCCAUUCCUAAGCACCCGCAUCUUAAAACCACAGUUCAUUAAAGCAGAGCAAGAGUGCUUUGGCAUAGAACAGUGUGGACAGUCAGAGCCAAUUACGCAAAGAAUCAAGAACAUUCUUAAGGAGUAUGAUGAGGAAAGUGACAUUUUUAAAGAACUCAUACAAAACGCUGAAGAUGCUGGAGCAAGCACUUGUAAAUUUCUCCUUGAUCUCAGAAAACACAGAGACCCACCAGAGACUCUCAUUGAUGAUGGUAUGGCCCUCUGCAAUGGACCUUGCCUUUGGAUUUUCAACGAUGAGCUGUUUUCAGAAGAAGACUGGGAAAACAUUGUCAAAGUGGGAUCAGCAUCAAAAGAAAACAAAAUUGAGAAAAUUGGAAAGUUUGGACUGGGAUUUAAUGCUGUUUACCAUGUGAGUGAUAUUCCAUCUAUUUUGAGUGGGAAAAGUCUUCUCAUACUUGAUCCAAAUGUCACACAUUUGGAGAAGCACAUACACAGCAAAGGCAACCCUGGAAUUAAACUUGAUCUAUUCCAGGAACGACUAUACAAAAGGUUUCCUGGGCAGUUCAGAUCGUAUGAGGGCAUUUUUGAUUGUGAUCUGUCAGCGCGAAACAUCAACAAAGCUUACAAUGGCACUCUGAUUAAAUUACCAUUUCGCACUGAAGAAGAGGCAAAGAAGUCAGAGAUCAGUUCAAAGGUAUUGGAUGAAGAGCACAUUACCAGUUUCAAACAUCAUUUGACUGAAAAUUCACAAACCCACCUACUAUUCCUGAAGAGCAUUAAAUCUUUGUCACUUCAAAUUGUGCCUGAAAAUGCAUUAACUCCUCCACGAGAUGAUCAGAUUCACACUCCUCUCAAAAUGACCAGAGAGGUCAUGAAUUCAAUUGCUGUCUCGAAUGACACGCUUCUCGAAGAGAUCAGUGUCACAUUGAAGAAGGGUAAUAUCACGUGCCGCAACAUUAUUGACUACAACAGAGCACAGAUUGUUAAAAUAGUUCAAGACCACCCAGUGAAGCCACUCACCCAGUAUUGGCUUUUGUACUCUUGUUUUGGGACACAGGAUUCUAUGCGAAUGUUUCAGAGAAGAAAUGAAAAUGAACACGUGUUUUCUUUGCCAAUUGGAGGUAUUGCUGUACCUUUACAUAGAGACGGACAGACUGAAGCAUGGUCCCCUGUUGAAGAUCUAUGUGGCCAGGCUUUUUGUUUUCUUCCUCUCCCAAUUACGACAGGUCUUCCAGUCCACGUCAAUGGCACUUUUGCAGUCACAUCAAGCAGGAAAGCCCUGUGGGAAAGAGGAGUAAAAUCUGAAUGGAACAAAGCCUUACUCAAAGAUGCCGUAACCUCCGCCUACAUCACUACACUGCUUGAGUUGAAGAAAAUGGCCCAAAAUGGAAAUCUCAAGAGCUAUUCCUUCUACACAUUCUGGCCUAACACAGAGAAAGUAAGCAGAGAAUUUUUACCCAUGGUUAACUCUUUCUACUCAGCAAUAGCACAAAACUGUAAAUCUCUGGAGCUUUUCAGCAAUGGACAUAAUUGGGGUUCCAUAGACGGGGUCAAAUUUCUGAGUCCAAAAAUUGAGAAAACCACAAUUGUUGGAGACAUUGCCAAGAAAGUGUUCUUGAAUAUGGGGGAAUCAUAUUCUUGUGUUGUUUCUCUCCCAUCAUGGGUAAAAGACAGUUUCAGUCAAUGUGGUUUCAAAGACAUGAUUAAAGAGAGAACCAUCCACUGGCCUGAGUUCUAUGAUGUUGUUUUCAAGAACUUGACCACCAUGGACACACACAGCAGAAAUAUUCUUGUGCUAAAUGCCAUUGACUUGAAUGAUACAGACGUUGAUGUCUUACUGAGAAGGUACCCAUGUUUUACAACACAAAGAUGUAAGAACCUUCAAUUUAUCAAGAAACUUGUGAAUCCUUCCGGUAAAGUGGCUUGUUUGUAUGAGCUCGAGGAGGGACGCUUUCUGGAAGGGACAGCAAAUGACUUUCUCUCCCUGAAAAGAAUUCAACGACUAUCAUAUCUGGGAAUGCAGAGUGACCACCUGCCUUUAGAAGACAUCAUAGAAAGAGCAGAGAAGAUACCCAGUGCUUGGCAACAGGACAAAUUUAAAUGUUUCAAACGAAUACAGUGUCUCAUAGAGUUAAUGAAAGACUCCUCAGAAGAUGUGAAUUCUCUGCAAUGGGACUUGCUGUCACAAAUAUCAUUCAUUCCUGCUGUAGCUCCUUUACUUCUUCAGCAAAAAAAGGACACCACCAUUCUGAAGAAACCCUCAGAGGUUUACAGUGACAUUUGUCGUGAUUUAGUUAGCAUGACAGAAUUCACAGUGGAUCACACAAACCUGCAAAUAUGCAGUGAUGAUCCAGUUCUCAAGAAACUGCGAAUUCGGGCAAAUCCACCAGUUGAGACGGUGCUUCAGCAGCUGUUAAAAGCACACCAACAUUCCAAUGCGUUUGAAAAGACUCUUCUUUAUAGCAUUGCUCAAAAGAGUUAUGAAUACCUCUACAAUCACUUGUUGGAACAGAAAGAUCCCAAUCCCAUUAUUGUCCAUGCACAAUCAUUUCCAUUCAUCUUUAUUGAGGAUCGUUUUGUAAAUGUGAGGUUUGUGGCCAGAAAUGAAGGAUUUGAGGAGAAGCCAUAUCUUUAUGUACUUCCAGCCAUCUUCUCCAAAUAUGAGAGGCUUUGGGACUGUGUUGGCAUUACGAAACAGUUUACAAAAGAGCAAUACAUUGUUGCCCUUGAAAAUUUAAAAUCUUCAUAUGGAUCUAAACCGCUAUCCAAGGAAGACCUACACAAGUGUUUAGCAAUACUCAUGAAAGGACUGUAUAAAAUCAAUGAUGUGAAGCUUGAAAACUGUCUCAUACCUGAUGAGCGAGGUGUCUUGACUUCUUCUAGAGAGCUCAGAUUUAAUGACAGCCCAUGGAUGCCUGUUUCAGCUGGUGUCAAGCUCUCACAUGAACUGAUACCCCGCACUGUUGCAUGUCGUUUUUGUGUAAUGACAACAAGACACUAUACCCUAAAUAAUUGUUUGGUCAAUGUGUUUUCACCUUUUGUCAAAGAGUUUGGACAAACUGAGAAGCUAACUGUCAGAAUAAAAAAUAUCAUUGAUGCAUAUCCAUCAAAAAAGGACAUUUUGAAAGAGCUCAUUCAAAAUGCUGAUGAUGCUGAGGCAACAGAAAUUCACUUUGUGUGGGACAAAAGACAUCAUAGCACAAAAAAAAUAUUUGGCGAAAAAUGGAAACUGGUUCAAGGCCCAGCACUUUGUGUCUACAACAACAAAACAUUUUCUGAUGAUGAUCUUAGAGGUAUCCAGCAGUUAGGGGAAGGAGGUAAACAUGGUACUUUAGGGCGAACUGGGAAAUAUGGACUGGGGUUCAAUUCUGUUUAUCAUCUGACAGAUUGUCCAUCUAUCUUGACUGGUGACAAAUGGCUCUGCAUUUCUGAUCCAAACUUGAAAUAUGUGGAAGGUGUAACAAAAGAAUCACCAGGGUGCAUGUUUUCACUGGAAAAAGAAUUUAAGAAUUCUUUUGAGGAUGUCUAUGAUACGUUUCUUCCUGGAAUGUUUGCACUUGAUUCUGGAACCAUGUUCAGGUUCCCUCUCAGAAGUGAGGAAAUGGCAGAAAAGUCUGAAAUAUCUAGACAUGCAGUCACAGAUCAGGAAAUGAAGGAAAUUAACUCUGCUCUGAUGGAAGAUCCUGAGGGACUCAUUCUCUUCCUGAAACACAUCACAAAGAUCCAGUUCUCUGUGAUAAGUAAAGAUGACAAAGAACCAAAGUGUUCUGUUAUUAUUGAAAAAAAAUGCACAGAAACAAGCGUGGUAGACAAGGACAACUUUGACACCCAUGUUAAAAAAUGCCUUGUGUCAGGGAGAGCAGAAUCAUGCAAAACCAUCUACAGAAUGCAAAUCUCAUUUGGAAAAAAACUAAGUAGUUGGGUCAUUGCAGAGUGCUUUGGCUCCUUAAAACAGGAACAGGAAAUUAACAACGGGCAGAAUCAUUCAAAAGUUCCGCGGGCAGCACUGGCUGCUUGUUUAGGCAGCACAUUGACCCAGGGUUUUACUGGCAGGACAUUUUGCUCUUUGCCUUUACCGGUAAAAUCAGGAUUACCCGUCCAUGUGAAUGCAAAUUUUGAAGUUGACUCUUCUAGAAGAGACUUGUGGAAGGAGGAUAGUGAUAGUCUGAAAAUGAAGUGGAACCAGUCAUUAAAAGUAAACAUCAUCCCACCACUGUAUGCUGAACUUCUGUCACAUCUCUGUAAAGUCAUGAAGAAAGAUACACCUAAUGUUCUUGCAUUCCUUAAGAACCAGCUGGAGUAUUCCUGCCUUCAGUACUUUCCAUGCAUUUCAAAGGAUGUAGACAAAGCUUGGCAUGAAAUGAUCCUUGAGGUCUAUAGAUCAGUCAGCCAACAUGACCUUCUUAUCAUACCCACGGUACACAGACAACAUGACCUUCCAGAUAAACACACGGUACACAUUUUCUCAUCAUAUCUUCCAAAAUACACUGUUAACUGGUGCAGUGUGUCUAAACCAGAUUCAGCAGAUUGUCCAUAUUUUACAAGUUUGGAACAUGAUAGCAUUUUUGACAUUUUAGAUGACAUUGGGAUGAAACUGGUACCACACUCUGCAAAAAUACAUGACAUAAAAAAUACUUUCAAAGCAGCUGAUGUGAAAGUGUCAGAAAUCAGUCCUUUAACAGUGAUGAACUUCAUGAAACAAAGACCCCUGAAUGAUCCCACACAAACAACAAAAGCUUUACCUUUGCCCAUUAACCAAACAUUAAUCAAACACAAAGAAAUAUGUUCCAAACUUUUGAACUUCUGCCUGCCAAAUACUGAUGAGAAAAAACCUGUCCCUGACCUCAACGGGCUGCCUCUUCUCCUCACGCAAGAUCAGAUGUUAAGAGUCUUCAACUCUAAAACCCCCAAAAUGAUAACACGAUUUAGUGGACUCUUUCACAGACAUCAGGAAAUGUUUGCAGACAUUACUGUCCAUGGAAACCACAUCAGAUGUUUGCGAGAAGGAAAGUUUAUUACAGACUUAACCAUUGCAGUGGCAGCAGAAUAUUUGAAGAUUGAACUCGCUCAUCUGCAGGAAUCAUCACCAGAUCAACAGUGUCAGCUCUACAAGGCAGAGAAAGAGACAAUCACAUGGUUAAAUGAUUUAUGGAGGUUCUUUGAGGAUCAAAGUAAAAACUCUAAAGAUGGGAAGCAGAAUGUCUUCAGUGAAAUAAAAAGGCACUUCAGCGACAGCCCUAUUUUACCAGUAACCUGCCCCAGUCAAAAUAACACACAGUUCUUACAAACAAUGAAAAAUGUAGGCAAGGUGAUUCUAAAAUCUGAUGAGAAAACAGUUUCCAUUCUCAUUAAACUUGGGUUCAUGACAUUAGACCGCAGCUUUUUUAGUGUGGUAACAAGCUUCCGUCUGGAACAUGUGGAUCCUGAGCUCCUGCAUACAGGAAAUAGUGCUGCUGUUUUGGAGCAGGUUUAUCAUGUACCUCAUUCACAGUUCAAGCUGCUGUCUCAUGCCGAAAGUGCAGAGCUUCAGCUCUUCUUACAGCGUGGAGAUUUCAAAAACAAAAGUGAAUACGAGAGGAUGCUCAAAUCUUUGCCACUGUUUGAGACGAUAUCUGGAAAACGAGAGAGGAUUGAUUUAAACAGAACCUUCAUUCUGAAGUCUAAGCAUCAUGCUAACUUUCCACACUUGUAUGCUGUAGAUGAGUGUGACAGUAUUUUCCUAAAAGACAACUGGGAGAACUCAGAUUUGGAAAAACGUCUAAGCAUUCAGGUUAUAGAUGAUUUGAAGUUCUGUGUUAUGUUUAUUCUUCCUUCUGUACAUACAAUGAACGAAGCCACACUUCUUGAUCUAUUAAGGUUGCUAGUGGAACUUAAAACAGAGGACCAGAGGAUCAUCUCUGAACUGAGUAAGGUCAGAUUCAUUCGAGAUAUGCACGGCUGUCUUCAGCUGGCUGCGUACUUCUAUGAUGAGGAAAUCCCCCUUUACAAGAAAAUGCUUCCAGAAGAAAGAUUUGUGCCCAAAAAGUUUUGGGACGUAUUCAAAGAUAAUCUCUGUAAGGCACGAUUUCUGUUAAUGAAGCUCGGAUUAAAGCAUCAAGUGUCAGAUGAUGAAAUCAUUCAGUUUGCAAAACAGAUUGAAUCAGACAUUAAAGGCAACACUCCUCUUAAUGUUUUACAGGAAAGAUCAACCCUGUUGUUUCAGGCUGUGGUGACAAAAGGUUAUGACAAAAAGUCUAAUUUAUUGAACAAAGUUGCUAACAUCAAAUUCAUCUUCCCAGUAAAUAUCCAGCCAGCACUUUGUGCUUAUCAUAAGCCCUUUACACAAGAGAGAGAAGUUGUUGCAAUCAGUGGAUCAUUGAUAGAGAAAGACAGCGAUCAUCAAUAUCUCAUCUGGACAUCUAUGCCAAUACUUUCCUCACAACACUGCUCUCCACAAUUUAUACAGAAAAUGAUGACUGCUGGAGCCUUGGAUACUCCACCUCCUGAGAAAAUCUCAGAUAACUUGAAUAAUAUCUGCAGAUCUGAGUGCCAAACAGACAGCUUGCUGAAAACAAGAGAGAAAGUGUUUAGCAAAUCUUACGCGUACCUGCAGUCAGUGGAUUUCAAUGCCUCUCUGUUCUCAGACCUCCCAAUUGUCCUGGUGGAAAAUAAGACAACGCUUGUGAAAGCCAGUCAGACAGCCCUUGUGUUAAAUGAUGCUUCUGAGUUCAGACCAUAUUUGUACAGCAUUCACCCAAAUUAUAUGAUAUUCGUAGAGUUCUUCAAGAAGAUUGGUGUAAAGGAGAGGCCGACUCUCCAACAGUACAUCACCGUUCUUCAGGAAAUCCACUCAGAUAGUUCUGACAAAGAGCGACUUCAAGCAAAUCAGCAGAAAACAGUCCAACGUACCGUAGAGCAGCUUCUGUGUCUGAUUAAAGAGAACCAAAAGCAAACCUCUGACCUAAACGGGCCACUUUAUCUUCCAUCAACAGAUGGAAAACUCUAUGAGUCCAGCACAUUGUUUUUCAAUGACACAGUCUACCAAGCGUCCAGAUUAGAGGAACCUUUGGAAAAAAAGCUGAAAUUGCUUGAAAAAUUACAAAACUGUCAUCUUGGGACUGAUCACUAUAAACAUCAAAAGCUGUUGCAGUUGAUUCCCCAACAGGUUCGUCCCACAUUCCUUUCUGAUGUCAUUUCUGAAGACCUGGUUGGGGAGACCGUGCAGUAUUGUAAUUAUGAGGGAUGUGAAUUUGGUGACUGGUUUAAACAACACUUGUCUUCUGCAGCGUUCCUUCAUGGACUUGUCUGUCUUAUCAGAGAAGAGAGUAGAGGUGAGGUUUCACAGGCAGAAGCUGCCCAAAAGUGCGAAACGAUCUUUGCCAAGAUUCAGAUUUUCUGUUGCACAACUCUACAAACUCAGCUUCUCUUAAACCUGGAGCCGCUGGAGGGCAGCAAGACGGAAACCGACGUUUCUGUGCAAAAACAGGAUGAUGGGUGUAAUUUCUACUUGAAACACAAUGAUGGCACAACCCACAAAGUAGUAAAUGAAGUAACCAUGUAUCUUGCUAAAGAAAUCAACGCUCUGCUGCAGAACUGUAUCUCCACCUCAAAACUUCCAGUCCUUGGAUAUCUUCUGCAGUGUGAUGACAUGGAGCAGGUUGAGGAAACCUUGGCCAAAUAUGGCGUUCAUAACAUUAGCCACAGUGAAGAGGGCCACAGUGCCUUGCCAAAACCUGGAUGUCACGUACCUGAAGAGUGGCACGACAGCCUUGACAUGAACUUCUUCAACAACUUUGAAAGCGGAGAAUAUGUCGGCUACAGUAAGGACGGGUUGGGAGAAUAUUUCUAUGCCAUUGUUAUAGAGAAACUAGAUGAUUCACUGGGAGAGACAAGACCAUAUUCUGUCAGAUAUAAGAUCCAAAUAGGUAGUGAUGACUUCAUAGAAGUGAGCUCUCUUGACCUUUACCAGUUUAAAAGGGAAACGAAGGACAAUAGGCCAACACAUCCAACUUGCACAGAUAUUCAACCUCUUUCAACGUCCGCGCCUCCACCGAAAAGAGUCUUUCCAAAGACAUUUGAAGAGAUCAAAAGAGAAAUUGACCAAAGUUUAACUGAAAUCUGGAAAAUGUCAAAUGAGGACAAGCAGAAAGCCCUUAAACGUCUUUACCUCAAGUGGCAUCCAGACAAGAAUCCAGGAAAUGAAGAUCUCGCCACUGAAGCCUUUAAAUACCUGCAAAACAGAAUCGAAGAACUACAACAAGGAAAAAGUGCACGUGGCACAAGCUCAAAUGGGACAAACUUUUGGAGUGAUUGCUUUUACCGCUGGAACAGCGAGGCAAACAGCCACCGGAGGGGACGUGAGAGGUUCUAUCAGAACUUUUCUAGACACCAUUAUAACUUCUGGUCACAUCACAGAGAAACUCCCAGGCCAAACCGUCAGGAGGCCAAACGCUGGUAUGAACAGGCACAAUGUGACCUUCGAGCUGCUCAAAAUGACACCGGAGGAGAGAGCACCGAGUGGUGUCUGUUUAAGGUGCACCAGGCUGUAGAAAAAGCCCUGAUAGCAGCCAUGUACAGAAGAAGCGGAAAACAUCCGAACAACUGUUCAAUAACAAGUCUGGCUAAACAGGUGUCUGACUACAGCUCACAGCUCAGUUCUUUACCCAACACUGUCUGGCAACUUGUUAACCUCGAUGUUGAUGGCAAAAAAACUCAAUAUCCAAAUUAUCACACGAUUCCUGACAUUCCAAACGGACAGUUUAACAUUAACAAUGCCAGAGCAGCACUGGAUAUUGCAACAAAGCUUUUGGUCAAAAUAGACCAAUAUAUUAGUAGCUGAUGUAACAUAGGCCAAUAAAAUAGCCAAAUAAAAUCUAAGAAAAAAUGCUGAUUAUGUAUUUAAAUGAAAUGUGGGGAAUUAAGAGAUGCUGUGGCCGGUUGCAUAAACAUAGCCGUGACAUUAAGACUGCGUCUUAAGAAUGAUUCUGACUAACUAGCAAUUAGUUAGGGCUAAUCAGUCCUAUUAUUUGGAUUUAAAUUAGACCAAUCUACCUUUCUAUGUAACAUACUUAAAACAGUUAUGAUCAGUCUUGAAGAAAAAAAUUAAUGACUAACUUUUAAGACUAGUCUUAAAGUUUUAUGCAACUGGCCACAGGUGGUUGGGUGGAGGGUGACAUUAGGUGUUUCAAACAUUACCACUACAGUAGGUCUAAUAGAAAAUAUUGCUUUUUAACAAUUUGUAAUCAACCCAUUUCUUUAACUAUCAUUGCAUAAUUCUGUUUCCAUGUCUAUAUGCUGUAUGCAUUAAAAAUGAAACCAUUUAUACACAUUUGUACACUAUAAUUGCAUUCCAUGAGAAUAAAAUGUCUUUGUCAGUCA